AAGGGCAGCAGGCGCCAUGUCGGGCCGCGAAGGUGGCAAGAAGAAGCCCCUGAAGCAGCCCAAGAAGCAAGCCAAGGAUAUGGAUGAGGAAGAUAAGGCAUUCAAGCAGAAACAGAAGGAAGAGCAAAAGAAACUUGAGGAGCUAAAAGCGAAGACCGUGGGGAAAGGCCCCCUGGUCACAGGUGGAAUUAAGAAAUCUGGCAAAAAGUAA